ACGGCCACAAGUCCUGCAAAAAUACAGCGUGCGGGGAAGAGUUGCAAAAUCAGAAACAGGUUUUCGGGGGAGCAGGAACAUUACGGCUUCCUCUGGGCCUGGAGAGCUGGCUUCUUAGCUUCUCACACUUUUAAUUUAAAUUUUUUUUAUUCCUUCUUGCUGUGUGAUGUCGGUGUGGUGAAGUGAAGCUGAUGACCUGACGGAGGACUUUGAAAACUAUCAGUGAGUGAGAAUGGAACAGACAGAAAAACAGCACAGAAAUUAAAGUCUUGCUUUUCUGCACAGCCGGCGUCCGUCCAUUGUCCCGAAUCUGUCCGGCCGACAUCUGAACCCAGUGUGAGAGACUCAGUCGGACUUUGCCCAUCACAGGCCGUCAGGAGCGGGAGAUUUUCCUUUCACAACACCCCGUCGGUCUGUGGUGUUCCCGCGAUGGGGAAGACCGGGCAGAGCACGGUGGCCUUGAACUCCCCGACAGAGGUCAAACAAGCGGUGCCCUUUGAGGAACUGGAUCCUGUGGCGCCCCCUGAUGACAAGAAGAAGAAGACAGAGGAGCCGCCCGACAGGGGGAGCUGGAAGGGCAAGUUUGAUUUCCUGCUGUCGUGUGUGGGAUACGCCAUCGGAUUAGGAAACGUGUGGAGGUUCCCUUAUCUCUGCGGCAAGAACGGAGGAGGAGCGUUCCUGAUCCCGUACUUCCUGACGCUGGUGUUUGCUGGGAUCCCGCUCUUCUUCCUGGAGACGUCUCUGGGACAGUUCACCUCAGUGGGAGGACUGGGAGUGUGGAGACUCAUGCCUAUGAUGAAAGGUGUCGGCCUGGCUUCAGUGGUUCUGUCCUUCUGGCUCAACAUCUACUACAUCAUCAUAAUCGCCUGGGCGCUCUACUACCUAUUCAACUCCUUCGGUUCGGAGCUGCCGUGGCAAAGCUGUGAUAACCCCUGGAACACGGAGAAAUGUUUUUCCAACUACAGUCUGACAGACACCACCAACCUGACCAGCGCUGUCACCGAGUUCUGGGAGCGUAACAUGCACCAGAUGUCCAAUGGUCUGGAGGAGCCUGGAGAGCUGCGCUGGCCCCUGGUGGGCACUCUGGCUCUGGCCUGGGUCCUCGUCUACUUCUCAAUCUGGAAAGGAGUGGAGUGGACGGGGAAGGUGGUGUAUUUCUCCGCCACUUAUCCCUACUUCAUGCUGUUCAUCCUGUUCUUCCGAGGGGUCACUCUGCCCGGGGCCAUCGACGGAAUCCGCUUCUACAUUACCCCGGACUUCAAUAAACUCGUCCGCUCUGAGGUGUGGCUGGAUGCCGCGACUCAGAUCUUCUUCUCCUACGGCCUGGGCCUGGGCUCGCUCAUCGCACUGGGGAGCUACAACUCGUACAACAACGACGUCUACAAGGACUCCCUUAUAGUCUGCUGCGUCAACUCCUGUACGAGCAUGUUCGCUGGAUUUGUCAUCUUUUCCAUCGUAGGCUUCAUGUCCCACAUCACCAAGAAACCCGUGCAGGAAUUAGCGGCGUCAGGUCCAGGCCUGGCGUUUUUGGCGUAUCCUCAGGCCGUCACCCAGCUGCCCAUGUCCUCGCUAUGGGCCAUCCUCUUCUUCUCCAUGCUCAUGAUGCUGGGCCUGGACAGUCAGUUCUGCACAGUGGAAGGCUUCAUCACCGCUCUGAUGGAUGAAUACCCAAUGGUGCUAAGGAAGAGGAAGAAGGUCUUCAUCCUCAUCGUCUGCCUCGUCUCCUUCAUCAUCGGCUUCUCCAACAUCACACAGGGUGGUCUCUACGUGUUCAAGCUGUUUGAUUACUACUCCGCCAGUGGGAUGUGUCUUCUCUUCCUGGUCUUCUUCGAAACCGUCUCCAUAUCUUGGUUUUAUGGAGCCGACAGGUUUUACGAGAACAUUGAAGACAUGAUCGGCUAUCGGCCGUGUGUCUGGUGGAAGCUCUGCUGGAAGUUCUUCACGCCAAUGAUCUGCCUGGGGGUGUUUACCUUCAGUGCCAUCGAGAUGACCCCUCUGACCUUGGGGAAGUAUGUGUACCCGCUGUGGGGCCAAGUGAUUGGCUGGUUCAUGGCGAUGUCUUCUAUGAUCCUGAUCCCAGGCUACUUCAUCUACAUGUUCUGCACCAGCAAGGGCAGCUUCAAACAGCGUUGGCGGAAGAUGACAACUGCCCGGGAGGAUAAAAAGCCAUCGGGGCAUGAGGAAUUUACACACACAGGGAGCGUGGGCGAAGCUCCGGUCUAGCCAGGAUUGUUCAGCUCAAAAUAACCUCACCGCCACCGCCACCCCCUUCCCCCUCGUCUACCAGGGACUGAAUGUGGUCGACGCUGAAAUGUGACAAUCGAGCAGAUGGAGUCUCGUGUAGCAUUUUAGUGUGAUGUUUUCCUUCGUCUGAAAUUGUGCCGAAAAACCAGGAAAAUAAAGAAUGAAGAUGAGGAACUUAGAGGAUAGAAUACAUUUUGGUUUUUUUCGGUAAAAUCUCUACAAACUGAAUGAUUGAUUCACCGUGAACCCUUGACCAUGAACACGACCGUAAACCUUCAGCCUACACACCCACGAAUGUGAUGAAUGUGGUUGUACAGAGAAAUGAAGCAAUUAGUCAAAACUUGAAAUCUGUGACGCAUCAGUAAUAAGUUCAGCCACCGUGAUAAAUAUAAAUAUCAAAUUUUACCAUUAAAUAUUUUUGAACCGUAUUGUUAUAUUUGUUGUUUUUGGUGAUCCAUACGUACAGAAAUGAAAACAAAACCAGGAACUAUACUAUGAAUGUGAUUGAAUGUUCUAUAAUCUCAAGUAUUAGCAUUUAUGUAAAAUCCAAAUAUUAGAGAGCUGUAAAUAUAAUGGUGUCUCUACAUGUAAUGUUUUUUAAUAAAUUGAACAUUAAAAAAAAAGUGUUUUUCAUACAGUGAACGAUGAGAAAGUGUAUAAGUGGGAAUAUGUAAAAUGAUGUGUUUGUAAGAUUUGCCCAGAAAUUUCAGUUUCAUGUCAAUAAAGACAAAUACACAUAAA